AUGAAAAGGGAGGCGGUGGAGCUGAUCAAAACGCUGGUUCAGCAGCAGCUUGGUGAGACUUUACGCGAUCACGAUGCCAAAAUGGACGAGCUUCAACGUAUGGUAGCGAGGCUUCAAACGGUUGUGCGCAAGCAGACUGCGAUGCUGGAGGACUCCACCGACCAGAUAGUGAACUUGCAAAUGGGCCAAGAACACGAGCGGAAGAUACCCAUG